UUUACAGAAGAACUAAACUCGAUAUCCUAUGGACUUCAGUCGUUACAUGAUUUUAUGUUUAAUUUUACAGUCUGCACUGAAAAUAGUCGAACUGAAGUGGAAUACAUUUGACCGUUCUUGACUUUUCGCUCGGUACGUGGGCCGGUACGAGAUAACCAGUCUAGCUCAAAUUACACAUCGAGAGGGUGAGAUCGGGUUUCGAACGGAGCGACCCGUAAUAACAGGAAAGCACAGCGUGGUCUAAAGGGCCGUGUCACCCGACGACAGCCUCCAAAAUGUGAGGUACUGUUCGAGAUAUGGAAGACAACGAGUCCCUCUACGAAGAAAUUCAAACACGGGACGACAACAUGAGACCCAAGACGCUACAAAAACCAUUCUCUAACUUAUACGUGAAUAGCACAAAUACUAGUACAGCCCGCCAAAAUAGCGUGCUCGAUGAAUCAUAUGUCGAUACCUAUGUGAAUGUUGUGAAAGACGACGAAGCAGAAGACAUCUAUGAAGUCAUUCCUGCGGAUAUUAUCACAAGUAUGAAAGUCACUCGGAGCAGAGAGGUGCCUGGAAGCGCCUUGGAAAGCGAGAGGACUGAUUCACGGGGGUGUUCUACCACUAGUACGACAGUGACUCCGGGAUCUUCGCCUCAAAUCAACGGAUUCUGUACUUCAACUGACUCACAAUACGCCGAAAUAUUCCAUUUUCCGAGCAGGAUCUCGGAGAUUAUUCCCUCCCGUCCGACCAGAGAAUCGGAAAAUCCAAUUCUUAGACAAGAUUUUGCUCAACUAACGGAAACUUAUGGUUCAACAAUUCCAGAAUUGAAAACGAUACGCGAAACACUCGCGUGGAUAAACAAAAAUCAAAAUAGAGGCAAGUCGAAAUCAACGAGGAAGAAAAAGACAUCUUCCCCGUUUAUAUUUAAGCGAUCGCUUAGCACAGGGGAUGCGAGGUGCAGUGCUAAUUCCAGUCCUGCUCACUCAGUGUAUGAGAACUCACCGGUAAUAACACCAGACCCUUCCCCUGGUCCGUCUCCGCGUACUCGGAAGAUGCCGGUUUAUGAGAACUUAGAAUUCCCAUUUCUGGAGAGCGACAGAGAAUCUCUUUACAGCAAUAGCACUGGCAGUAGCAAUGGGGAAACGCAGGAGAGAGGCGAAACUAAUUUAUACGAAAAUUUAGAUGAAAUCAUGGACGGACGCGGGCGAACUUUGAGUAACCCCAUUGAUAUAGUUUACAGUGAUUUGCAAUUUCCAAAUGAGAAAGUCGAAGCUUAUUUACUCUCGUCUUCACUUCAGACUUCAUCAUCGUCACGAGAGGAAUUUAUAGAGCGCUCUAGAUCCCUAACCCCUAGUACAAACACUACCCCGCCUAACCCACAGGGAUCAGGACUCGAAAGACCUAAGAGUUUGAGCUUGAAAAGACUCGCGAGUGGUUCACUGGGUUUACACCUCGCAAAGUUCGUAAAAUCUGUGCCGGUCCAAAGGUCAAACGACCGAGUAUUGCAGUCGGUAAUUCACGAGGCCCUCGCGAGACGACACGAGGGGGAGGAGAUAUCAGUAAAUGUUGAGGUGGACACUGAUUUGAUGCGUAUCAGCACAAACUGCCCGCCUUGGGAAGUUGUGGCUAGCUUCGAUAUCGAGGCCAUAGGGCAUGUGAAUCUCUAUGAAGGGGACGAUAGUGUCCUGGGGGUGAUUGUAUGCCCGCCUGCCCAGGACGCCAUGUGUUAUAUCAUCAAGUGUAAUGAUGCUAAAACUAUCUAUGCGACGGUGAAGAAGGCAUUCCGAGCGCCUAACCUAAGGUCGUUCACUUUGCCCAGUCCUUCUAAAGCUGACGUGUAUGCGCGUCCUGGUGACGAGGACUUUACCUCCAUCCCUCACAUAACCUACCUCGGCUGUGUAAAGGUCAAGAAAUCCUACCUAGUUAUCAACGACAGCAUAGCAACGCUGCUGGACAAACUGAGUCCGCGAGACUACCGACCAAUCACGCUAAAAAUCCGACCGGACGAGAUUGUGAUCGUAGACGAACGAACCUCCUCGAUUCUCCACACUCACAAUGUGGCCUGGGUCUUAUCACUAGGAGUAUUCAACGAAGACUCGCGACUGUUCGGGUAUAUUGUCUCUGAGGCGCGCCAAGGCGAGAAGACCCGGAUGUUCUGUCACGCAUUCCGUUGCGGUCGUGUGACUGCGAGCGUGACAGCGACUGAGACCAUCCGCUUGGCAUGUCAAGCGAUGUAUUCGCCGGGUCGCAGGGACUCGAUCGGUAGGACAAGGCGGAACUCCACUAGAUCCAAUCACAGCUCGUCCAGCUCGCUUGGCACAUCCCUUGAAAGGACGACCACUGUGUCAUCAGCGUCAUCGGUGCAAGACGUAUCGGCCAUGCCGGAUAUUAAACCGGACAAGGCACAAAGACGGUCCACAUUUUCCUCCAAACAACUCCUGAAAAAACUGUCCCCAGCCCGGGCUAAGAACAUCACGAGUAAAUCCUUCAGGCAUUACAUGAGUGAGCCCGACCUCACAAUCUCUUCAUCAAGCACAAGCUCGAUUGAACCGGAAGUAACGGAGGAGAAGCCCGCUGAACUUCCGGAGGAAAUAGAAGAGCAGGAGGAACGAGAGUACAGUUUCCAGGUGGCGUAUUUGUGCUCGACGGUAACUAAUCCUCCUCUUAGACCAAAACACGUGCGUGACUGUGUCAAACAAUACCAAAAGGAGUUAGGCAAAGUCGCCAAACACACGGGCGUCACGCCACCGCUUAAGGAAGUCACGCUGCAUUUAAACAAUGAUGGCGUGACAAUGAUAGACCCCAAACAACCUUCUGUUUGUCCGCGAUUUUUUCCGUUUCCUUGCAUCAGUGAGAUCAAAGGGCAUAAGGAUUUUCCAGAGUACUUUGCGUUUUCGACAGUCGUCAGUGGCGACUCGAAGCACAAAUGCCAUGUAUUUAAGGAUCUUAAAGGAAACUGUGAAGACAUUAACACUGCUUUCGAGUUUUUUCUCUGGGAGAAAGUAUGAAAUGUGUAAGUGAUUUUUCUUACACACUGACUCAGAGAAAAGGUCGAAAGAAAAAUGGAAAUCUCAGCGGGGUAGGUCUCCCUUGCGAAAUUAUAUUUGACAAAGAGUAUACAGUGUUUGAUUAUAAUUUUUCAAUUUUAGAUCGACAAUUUUUACCAAUCCCUUUCCAUCAAUGUUCCUCCUUUAAUAUUAAUUUUGUACAUAUGCAUAAAGCCGUAAAUAUAGGUCUUUGAUCAUUAUAAAUUUUGUGCUAGCUAGUGUUAAAAGACUGCAAUUUAAACUUACGGUGUAAUCUGUAAAUAUUAUUGUAUAAGCGGCUGAAAUUACCUUUACUAUUUAUCAUUGAAACUCAAUUUAGUUUUUCUUUUUCAGCAAGCACUUUUUAGUCUAUGGUUUGAAAAGCGAUUGAUAUGAAUAUCAUUAUUACAGGUAACCCGUUCAAAAUAAUUUACUAAUGAUGAAUUGAGAUGCCUGAUGUAUAGGUUCACCGCUUUAUAGGCUUGUAAAUAAAAUAUUUCGAAAUUGUAACAGUAUUUUAGCAACAGGCCGGCUCGACAGGUUUUCCACUCGUGUCACGAAAGCGAUGCACGUCCCGAAUUUUCUCGUGCCUUUUCAUGAUAAUCUCGGUUUGAAGUGGCCUCGUUUUGGUGGUAGGAUACUAGGGUAUUCGCCUGUUACAAAUAGUAAGUGGCGAAAAGAGACUGGGUCCGAGAACCUGGUAAAAGGGAUUGUGGGAUCACUCAGCUGGAUAGAACAAAGCGGCCAUUUUUGUGUAGCCAAACGACCAAGGGCGGAUCCCGUAUUCUCAAACCCAUUCCCGACUAGUCAUGUAAGAUGUCUAUGUAAAGGACAUGCAUUUGUUGCAAAUGGAUAAUGAUAAUACAUAUGAUAAUAGCGAGGUUAAGCUUAGAGACCGCUCAUUAUUCAGACAUUGACUGGAGGGAUUGAUGUGAGUUGUCGAAUAUAGCAAACUUUUGGUACCCCCUACCGUACCCAACAUAGGAACCAUCAAAUUUUAGGUUUCCCCAUUUGUAUGCUUAACAUAACAAGUUAAAGGUCAAUGAACAUUUUCAGGGCCCAUCGUUUCUCAUAACCCCCCUCCCCUUUUGAGUAAUGAGGAUUUCCUUGAUUCCUUGUUUUAAUAAAAUACCCGUCAGUAUUUGACAAGCGUAACCGUCAUACGGUUCGAGUAUUCAUUGUAUGAUAUGAAAAUUUAUAAAAGUGGCUGAUAAAAAUUAAAUAUAUAUUAAGAGCAA